AUCCGGUCUCUUUUCCUGCGAGGAUAGCGUAAAUCCAGAUAAAUAAACGGUACAUACAGCCAAGUCCAUAGUAAUCCCGCUCGCCCGCCAUGUCCUUCGACCAGUUAUCCGCGAUGGAGUCCGGCGCCGGCCGCCGGUCGAACAACGGCGCAUACUCUGACGAUCCCGAGUUCACCCGUCUGUCGCAAGGCCUCAGCAACCAGCUAUUCCACCUGCAAGGCGAAAUCUCGAAGUUGCGGACCGACAUAAGCCUUCUAGGCACGAAACGAGACAAUCCGCGCCUGCGAGAGCGCGUGUCUACCGUUCUCGAGGAAUCGACGGGGACGUUCAAGGACGUGGGCGAAGGCGUCAAGAAGAUCCAGGCCUGGGCCGACGUCACGCCCACGCAAAAGUACUCGCAGCAGAAACUCUCCCGCGAAUUCAAGGCCGCCCUCGCUGAGUUCCAAUCCCUUCAACGCACGGCCCUCGAGAAACAGCGUGCCUCCGUCUCCGCAGCCAAGGGCGCACUCGACCAGGACUCAGCCGGUGACGCCGCCGGGGCCUCGGGGCAACAUGGGGAGCAGCUUCAGCUGCAACAACAGGAACAAGUUCAUCUGGCAGCGCAGGACGAGGUCGACUUCCAGGAUGCCCUCAUCGCCGAACGCGAGGACGAGAUUCGGCAUAUUGAGGAGGGCGUCAGCGAUCUGAACGUCCUCUUCCAGCAAGUUGCGCAGAUCGUGGGAGAACAGGGCGAGCAGCUUCAGACAAUAGAAAACAACGCUGUCAAUGUGCGAGACGAUACCCGUGGUGCCGAUUACGAGCUACGGAGCGCCGCGAGGUAUCAGAAGAACGCCCGGAGCAAGGCUUGCUGCUUGCUCCUCGUCCUGGCCGUCAUCUUGACCAUUGUUCUGUUAGCCGUGUUUUUGGGAUGAAUGAGCACUUCUUCCACUUUUCUUUUGUGCGAAAUCGUGGCUGUCGUAGCGGCAUAUGGGCUUGGCGUUUGGUGUUCACGGGCAACCGAGCAGGACUUUUACAUUGAUUGGGAACAUCUCAGUGUUUUUUAGCUUCACAGCACAUUGAAGCUGAAUAAGACUUCACUUUGGUUUUUUAUUAUAUAUAGUCCUGGCGUAAUUAUGUACAAAGGGUUGGCAAGUUCUUCUAAAUGCAAACAACCGA